UUUUUUUUUUUUUUUAAAUCCCACCAUUAUUACUCAUUUCCUUAUAUUCCCAUCUACAUUCGUUUUGUGUUUCAAAGUAGAUCUAAAAUUUGUCAAAACUUCUUUGUGUGUGUGUGUAAUUUUUUUUUCUUUUAUUUUUCUUUUUGUCCGAAAUGGGUUUUGUUAUAUAUGACACCAUCAAGAUCUUUGCAAAGUCAAUGCUUUGAUCUGAGUUCCUUCCUGCUUAUUUUCCGGUGAAUCUGAGUCAACGAUGAUGCGUAUGAGAACUAAAACAACAGAGUUGACUUCCAUGAAAGGGAGCUCAGCCGUCUCAGCCACAAGAGACGGCGGCGAUGAAGACGAAUUGGAGGUCCGGCCGGGAGGAAUGCUGGUUCAGAAGCGAGACCCGAAUGAAGUACAAACCCGCGUUCCUCCACCAACCAUUCGAGUUCGGGUCAAAUACAUGUCAAUAUACCACGAAAUGAUUAUCAGUUCUCAAGCGACAUUUGGAGAAUUGAAGAAGAUGUUAACCGGUCCAACCGGAUUACACCAUGAAGAUCAAAAGAUCAUAUAUAAAGAUAAAGAAAGGGCCUCCAAAACGUAUCUCGAUGUUGUCGGCGUAAAAGAUAAAUCAAAAAUGGUAUUGGAAGAAGACGCAAUAAGCAAAGAGAAAAGGUAUCUCGAAGCUCGAAAGAACGCCAAAAUUGAAAAGGCGGCUAAAUUGUUAUCGGAGAUUAGCCUGGAAGUCGAUAGACUCGCCGGCCAGUUGUCGGCGCUUGAAUCCGUUAUCUCUAAAGGAGGAAACGUGGCGGAGAAGAUGGUGUCGAAUCUGAUCGAGUUAUUCAUGAAUCAAUUGAUUAAAUUAGAUGAAAUUAAAAUCGACGGCGAUGUAAAUUUGAAGAAGAAAAAACAGGUGGAAAGAGUUCAGAGAUACGUUGAAACUCUAGACGUUAUGAAGGUGAAAAACGCAAGGAAUCAAGUACCCAAACAGCAGCCACCGCCACCGACACCACCGACGACCACCAACGGCCACCAAUCUAGGCGUAAAUUUACACCAACUACGGUGGCGCAUCAACAUCAAGAGCCGUCGAGCAAGAACACAUCAGGGGCAGUUGUGGUAACCACACAAUGGGAGACUUUUGAUUCCUUGCCGACAAUUUUUUCGGCCCCACCAUCGUCAACAUCAACAUCAACAUCAACCACCACUCAAACAAUACAACCACAUUUCAAUUGGGAUUUGCUCUAAAAACUAAAAAAGUAGUUCAAAUUGUUUGUUUUAAUGCGUGACUGUAUGUGUGUGUGUGUGUGAACUGUGUUCGCGUGUCUUUUGUAUUUUUCUUCCAUUCUUUUCUGUAUCUAGAUUUCUUUCGCGUGCCAUUUCUAUCUCAAAAUAAAAGAAAUCACUACGAGUCUAUUACGACUUUUUUUUUUU